AUGUCUCCCGCCAAAGCUGUCGUCACCGAUAAGGCACCGAAGCCGCUGCCACAAUUUUCCUCGGCAGUCACAUACAAUGGCAUGAUCUACUGUUCCGGCAGCCUUGGACUUGACCCAAAGACACUCGCAUUGGCGGAGGGCGGAGUCAAGGAACAGACACGCCAAUCCUUGAGGAAUCUCGCCGCUAUCUUGGAAGAGGCCGGAAGUAGUCUACAGAAUGUGGUCAAAGCGAACAUCUUCCUGACCACCAUGGACAACUUCAAAGUCAUGAACGAGGCGUGGGAUGAGUUUUUCCCUGCAGACCUCGACCCCAAACCGGUUGGUUCCAGCCCUGACCUCCCAUUUGAUAAUGAAGAAGUAGAGGUGCUGAUUGUUUUCCAGGCUCGUACUUGCGUUGCUGCUCACCAAUUGCCGCUCGGCGGAGAUGUUGAGAUUGAAUGUACCGCGUUUCUAGACAGUGUUGCGAAACUCUAG